GCGGAGCAGGCGGCCCCGGCCAGGUACCGGCCCCGGGGUCCCGCCCGUCCGCCGCAGCCCCGCCGCAGCCCCCGCCCCGGUGCGCAACAGGUGGCGGGGCCGGGAGCAGCGGGGCUCGCCGAACAAUGCAGCCCUCGGCGGCCUUACCCGGGCUGCGGGGCUGAGCCCCGUCCCGCCGCGGCUCCAUGGCCCCGCGCAGCCGGUGCUGACGGACGGCCGCCCCUCCAGGGCGAGAGGAGCCGAGGAGCCGAGCAGCGCCGCUCCCCCCUCCCCACCCCGCCGCCGGGCUCAGGGCCGCCGACCCCGCAGCGCUCCGCGAUGGACCCCUGCUCCUCGCUCUUCAGCUACGUGUUCAUGCACUUGUUCGUCCUCUGCUUGCAAGCCCAGGUAACUGUUCAGUCCCCACCUAAUUUUACACAGCAUGUGAGGGAGCAGAGCCUGGUGACAGAUCAGCUCAGCCGGCGGCUCGUGCGCACCUACCAGCUGUACAGCCGGACCAGCGGGAAGCACGUGCAGAUCUUGGACAACAAGAAAAUCAAUGCGAUGGCCGAGGACGGGGACGUGCACGCCAAGCUCAUCGUCGAGACCGACACCUUUGGGAGCCGUGUGCGCAUCAAAGGGGCAGCCACAGGGUUCUACAUCUGCAUGAACAAAAAGGGGAAGCUGAUUGGCAAGAGUAAUGGCAAAGGCAAGGACUGCGUCUUCACUGAGAUCGUGCUGGAGAACAACUACACGGCGCUGCAGAACGCCAAGUAUGAGGGCUGGUACAUGGCCUUCACCCGCAAGGGCCGCCCGCGCAAGGGCUCCAAGACCCGGCAGCACCAACGCGAGGUGCACUUCAUGAAGCGGCUCCCCAAGGGCCACCAGACCACCGAGCCCCACCGGCGCUUCGAGUUCCUCAACUACCCCUUCAACCGCAGGAGCAAAAGGACUCGAAACUCCAGCGCCAGGGUGCGCCCGUGAUGCGUGCCCCUCAGUGGACUGACGUAGAGACGUUGUGAUUAAAGGAAAAAGAAAACAGGGGAUGGGGGGAGGAUAAAAGAACUACGUGCUCUAGUUGUUGAUAAUUUGGGGGUUGUUCUGUUUUUACAAAAACAAAAAAAAAGAUAAAAAAAAAAAAAAGAAGAAGAAAGAGGCUCUAUUUUUGUACUCCAGCUUUACAAGAGAUGAAAUGUUCAAAGACUGGUGAAGGGGGGAAGAGCCCUUCGCUUAGAAAUGUUCUAGUGUUUGGGGUCGUGUUUUGGUUUGUACUUUUUAUUUCUUGUCGUAGCUCUAGGUGGGGGGGUGGAAAUCGUCAUUUAAAACA